GUAUCGUUGUUUAGAUGUAAAACAUGAAAAGAAGCCGGGCAAAAAAAAACAAAAAGGCUUGAACAGAAUUGAACACUAAAUAAAGAAUAGGAUAUUUUUUAAUGAUCCUCAAACGUUUAAUACGUAAUUGGCAAACUAGAAAAUUCCAUUUGUCAUUAAAUAUGGCUGGCUUGCAAAAUAAGAUGAAAUUUCUUAACCAAGAAGAGGCCCAACAAAUUGACGAAGACCUCUUCAAUGAGUUCGCCUUUUCCGUUGACCAGUUAAUGGAGUUAGCCGGUUUAAGCUGUGCUCACGCCGUUGUUCGGGCUUUUCCCAAGGAAUCAUUAACAAGAGAAAAAGGAGCCAUUCUAAUAGCAUGCGGCCCUGGCAAUAACGGAGGAGAUGGGCUCGUUUGCGCCCGACACUUAAAAUUAUUUGGUUAUAAACCAACUAUUUACUAUCCGAAGAGACCGAAGAAAACUCUUUUUGAGAAUUUAGUUACUCAAUGCGAGAAAAUGGAUAUUCCCUUUCUAUCUUAUCUACCCUCAGAUCCACAACUUAUACACGAUUCGUACAAUCUUAUUGUUGAUGCCAUUUUUGGUUUUAGCUUCAAAGGAGAAAUGAGGGGUGACUUUCCGGAUAUAAUGAAGAAAUUGAUCACCAGUAAGCUACCUGUAGCCAGUAUAGAUAUACCGAGUGGUUGGGAUGUGGAAACAGGACCAGUCGAGGAGAGGCCAAGUUUUAAAUCCGAAGUUUUGAUAUCGUUAACGGCACCUAAACUAUGCGCCAAGAAAUUUUAUGGACGACAACACUUUUUGGGUGGAAGGUUCAUACCACCGGAUCUCGCCAAAAAAUACGAAUUAGUUCUACCUCCGUUUCCCGGAUGCGAAUGCAUUGUUGAAAUUCCUGUUGAAAAAAUGAGUCCAGAAGAUGAGGGUGUGGAGAGUAAAUCGACAAGGGAAUAAUUCUCCUCUUCUCGUCAAAUUUACAUAAUUAUUCUCAUUCGAAUACAGGGAACGAACAUCAGUGCCCUUAAAAAAGUUUGUUAAAACUGGUCCAUAACUGAAUAGAAAUUUAAACCUUUCCAACUUUCAUUAGCCCUAUAUAAGCCAAACUAAAAAGAGAAAAUAAGAUUUAACUUCUAUCUAUGUAAAAAUUUAAUAUUCAAACAGAAACGAUAUGAUUUACUGAUGUACAUACGAAAUAGACGAAUAUUAACUAAAUAGAUUAGCUACGUCUGAAAAUCUUCUGCAGUUUAAAUAGAAUAUACUAUUAUGUGUAUUGCGUGUUUUUUUCUUUCUUCUUUCAUAAUGAAUAUCAAUCAAAAUCUCAUCUUUUCCCUUUUAUUUCUUUUAUUCCUCUUUUUCAAAUCAGAUAAACAGUUACUGCUUUAAGAAACUCUUAAAAAUAUUGGAGAACGUAUCAUACUUCUGGCAGCUUUCAAUCCAAUUUUUAUCUUUCCCUUUAUCAUACUUGUUAUUAGUGUAAACGUUUAUCUAGAUAUCAAAAACUAAAAAUAUAUAAAUAGAAUAUAUAUAUACAAUAUAUAUAUAUAUAUAAUAGAUAAAUGCAUAGAUACAUGUAAUAUUAAAUAUUAAUUGUCUCCAUUAUUGAAAUGUUUAGCCACCCUUGCUCUAAAUCUAUCUAUCUGUCUGUCCACCUUUAUAUAUGUCUUCAUUCUAUGGUGAGUAAAUAUCAACAUUCAUAAUAAAUGAAACAUAAAGUUAUAUUGAUGCUUUUAGUAAUCGAGUAAAAAUCUGAUGGUAAUUAUUAAUAAAUAUCAAAUAAUCUGGAAUUAAUAUUGUCAUUUGUCGUAAGGUGUAAAUUUAAGAAAUAAAACAGAAGAG